AUGUCCAAACCAACUAUUGUUCUGGUGCCCGGAGCGUGGCACAAGCCCGAAAUCUACGCGCCUGUUGCCGCGUCUCUGUCCAAGCAUGGCUACCCCACUGUGAGCUUGCCACUGGCCUCCGCUGGUGCUUCGCCACCUCACCAGGACUUCGAUGGCGAUGUCUCUACCAUCCGAGACUGCCUGACUGAGCUGGUCUCAAAAGACAAAGAGGUUGUCCUUGUCGUGCAUUCAUACACCGGCCUUCCUGGCGGCGAGGCCCCCAAAGGUCUUGGAAAGAAGGAGCGUGAAGCCAAGGGCUUGAAGGGAGGUGUCAUCCGAUAUGUGGUCAUCAAUGGAUUCGCAACGCCAGCAGGCUUCCGGCCAGCAGCCAAGGGAGAUUAUUCCCAGAUGCCUGAGUGGAUGAAGUUGGAUCUUGAGAACGAUGUUGUCAACGUCUCAGCUGAGGAUGCCAAGAAAAUCUUCUACAACGAUAUCUCUUCUGAAAGAGGAGAUGAGCUAGCCGCCCAGCUUGUCCCUCAGAGUCUUGGUGUCUAUUCCAGCACAGCAACCUACGCAGCCUGGCAAGAUAUCCCGUCCACUUUCCUUGUGGGCGAUACUGAUCAGAGCUCUUUCUCGCCUAUGGUGGUGGACAUGAUGAUCAAGGGGGCUCAAAUGGUUGAACCAACUGCAUUUGAUGUGAUUGAACAUUGUAAGGAGGGCGGUCAUUGUCUUAUGAUUAGCUAUCCGGAAUGGACGGCGGAGGCACUGAGAAGAGCAGCUGGGGAGAAAUUCUAA